AUGACGCGGGUCUGUACGAAACAGAUGUGGGCGUUGUCCUGGGCGGGGUUCGAGUGUCUGUUGUUUGCCGGUGUGGUCUUGGGUUGGUCGUGGUUUCUGGACGUAUUCCGCACCGAUCGGUACUUCGUCACCAUGUGCAACAACACGAACUUCACAGAUUUCGGAAUGUUAAACGAACCGCGGGUCGGCAGCAUAUACAGGCCGAUAACUGCUCGACCGAAACCAAAAUGUAGGCCUAUUAAGACCAAGAAAAGAGAGAUCGAGUACAGAGAAGAGUACACAAUUGAUAACUUGACUCAGAAUCAUCAUUUAGAGGACGACAACAUCCCAGUAGCUGAUGGAUACGCUGCCCAUGUCGUGUCCAACAACAGCGAAUCUGAUGAUGUUAAAAGGAAUUCCAUUGGCUGCGCUGAGCAGAGCGAUCAGUUAUACAUCUUGUUCGCCCUAGUCUUGAUAAUUCGAGAUGUUUUAGCCCUUCCGAUAGGAAUAUUCUUUGACAAGUAUGGGACAACAAGGACUCGUUUACUAACAGUUCUUGUUUUCGUUAUUGGAACUCUCAUGAUGACGUUCACAAGUGCAGCCUUCCCCUGGCUCAUCGUUCCCGCGCUAAGUCUGACGGGCGCGGCUGGUACCGCUGUGUUACUGACGAACCUUCAACUCGCCAAUCUCAUGAUCAGGAAGAGGAACACAGUCGCUUCCACCUUGGUCGGGGCCUACUUCUCCAGCGGCGUCGUCACUUUUCUCAUGCAGUCAUCUCAUCACGUCGGAGUAAACAUCCAGACAUCGUUCAUGUUCCUCACCAUUGGAAUCGUGCCUAUACUCGUCUCCACCGUUGCCUUCUUGCCCAAGACCAGAAUUCCCUGGCCACUUCCGCUUGACUACCAAAAGCGUCGCAACCAGUCUCUAGAUGAAAGCUUGCUCCGGAAACAGAGGGCGUGGCAAAGACGCAUGUCAGAGGUCGGAAAUGUCCGGUGCCGGAAGACCGUUCCCGAGUUCUCGCCGGCGGUCAUCGAGUCGAUGUACGUGUGGUCCGUCGUCUGGUACUCCGUGCAGUACCUUCAGACCGCCAUCUUCGAAACGAGGCUCAUUGGACUCACGGAGCAGUACCCGCAAGACAAUAUAGAUUACGAGAAGCUGUAUGGGUUUAUUCAGAUGCUCAGCGUGCUCGUGUCUCCACUUGCCGGACUCAUGAUUGACAGGCAUCGCAAACGAGACAUUGGUGUGACAAAAGAAACACAGCUGAUGUUAAAUAUUUUACCUGUGAUGUUUACUACGUCAGUACUUUCUGUGUCGGAGCUGGUCACGUCGAUGGUGCCUGCCUGGGAAGCACGAAUAGCAUCAUUUGUCAUCAACGUCAUUCACCGCGUAUUUCUCAUGACAUCACUGUGUACGUUUAUCAUGCAUGCUCAUUUCCCACAACAGCAUUUUGGCAAAUUCUUUGGACUGACGCUCGCCAUGGCUGCAGUAGCUGGAGCCUUUCAGUUUCCAAUGAAGACAUUUCUGAUUGAGAAAUACGAAAGUACAAUGCAGAUAAACAUCUUACUGCUGUGUUUGUCUCUGGUUGUGAUUGGUCACCCGAUAAAUGUCUGGAACCACUGUAAGCGACGACUCAUCCACAACAACCUGACGCAAGAAGACCACAAGGCAGCGUUGGAAACGAGCCACCCACAACUUACCCAGUACCAAGAUUACGACGAGUCCAAGUUCCCCAACCUGAACGGAGGUCUGCUGGAGCUGGAACUGGUGGAGAGACCGCCAGUCAUCGAGACCAAUCUCGACGAUUUUUCCGGAAAUGGCGACAUAACUAUUGUAGUCCCGCAGAUAAAAUUUAACGAGAAAUCCGUGACUCACACCUAA